UAAAAUUCAAGCGAAAGAGUAAUAUUCACAUUAAUUAAUGGAAGCCAAAGUAGGAGCAUCUGAAGACCGUUUUGAACCAUCGUACGAGUGGCUACGUGAACAAAGACAUGACGUUCUCUUAGUUCAUCUCCCAGCUGAAUUCAAAGAUAAAGAAGGGUUGAAGGUACAAAUCAGCAGUUUUGGAGGCUUGAAGGUUUCUGGAGAUCGACGAGUGAAUAAAAAAAGAUUGAGAUUUUUCAGGGAAUUUCCAGUAUGGAAGGACUAUGAAACUGAUGAAAUCCAGGCAGAGUUUGAGAAAGGUGUUCUUAAGAUUACAUUGCCAAAGAAAAUUAUUAAACCACCCCUAGCUGAUGAAGAAAAAGGAUCAAAGAAUUCAAGAUUGAACAAGUUCACAAAGGUGGUUUUGGGUGUUGUAGCUGCGGUCGUUGUGGCUGCUGGCCUCACUGGUUUUGCUUACUAUACUUUUACGUUCACAGUAAUUGAAGAUUGAGUUAAAGCAAUUCUGUAACUUCACCCAAGUAUAUAUAGUAUG